AUGCUCAUGGCCGACUUCAACGAAACAAGAUCCCCAUUGACGUCCAAGAACGUGCAGGCGUGGGCGCGCACUCACUUCAACACCCCCUUCAAGGCAUUGCCCAAGGUAGCCACCCUGAAAUGGAUCCAAGUCGAGGACAGCUUCACCAUCAGUCGCGCGGUUUGGCGCUCGCUGGGCCGCUCAGCGCACAAGCAGUUGCUCGUCAUAGGCGGCUAUGCGCCUGGGCCCGAGGUCGACGAGCCUGUGGAUCUUGUCACCGCCCAUGUCCACGCCGAUGAGCCGGAUGUGAGCUUCUAUCGCAUCACCAAGAAUGCCAAUGGCGACAAUGAAUUGUUCCCCGUCAAUUCCACCAGCACCGUCGCCUUUCAUGCCCCCUUUUGUGAUCUUGGUGACGACACGGGCGGCUCAAAAGCCAUCCAUCGCGUCUCGGCUCUGAUCCUCUACUACUUCCUCGCCGCCGGUCACGUGAAAGAGCUGGUUCGGACAAGGGCAGACCCCACCAUGUUCACCAGAAGUUUUCGCGAUGCUUGCUCCUGGGUAGAAAAUGACGGCGAGCGGCCCAAUCUACUACCCUCGCGACGGUCGUCUGGCGCCACCAACAACUCUCCAGACACAAUGACGGUCCGACCGAAGCGAGCCUCCACCAUCUCCUCCAUUGCCCGUCUCAACAGCGCCGAAGCCGCCUGCGCACCGCCCAUCAAACGCUCCGCCACCGAUAGCAUCAGCGUCAAGAUCAAGCGUGAACGCGACGAAGACAGCCCCGCGCCCCCCAAGAAACACCCCCGCCGCACCCUCAGCGAGCAAAUCAUCCUGCCCAAACUCCAACAAGAAACCGUCCUCAGCCCGCGCAGCCCCGCCCCCGAACGUGUCAACCGCGCCCUCACCGACCGCAUCCAACACCUCAAGGACGAAAACGCCACCCUCAAGGACAACCUGCACGACAUGGAGGCCCAGAAACUCGGUCUCCAGCGCCGCCUCAACAAGGACGCGCGCCACCUGCACGCCCUCCAGACCGACAGCGACGCCAAACAUCGCAUGGGCUGCGCAUGGAUGUUGUGGCGCUGCGGGAACGGCUGGAGAAGGCGGAGAAGGAGGCCGAGGCCGCCAAGACGGAACUCAUGA